GUUUGUAUAAGUACCUUUGCUUGGAAAGUCAUGCUUUUCAGAAUCAAGCCAGUCCACACUAGAAACUAAAGACGUUUAGAAUCGAAUAUGUUUUGUCCGCGAAGUAUUGUUUUAGCGAUUUUCGUGCUAACAAUUCUAGGCACAAUCAAUAAUUCUCUUUCCGGGAAAGUAGUUCCCCUUACGAAGUUAGUGACGUGCAAAGAGUAUGACAGUACUGCGACACCAGUAUGUCAACACUUUUUCCCUAUCAAUAUCUUCAAAAAUUACGUAUCAAGUGAAUACAAAUUGUAUCUUAAGUUCUAUGUGAUGGCUAGGAACGACGCCAAUAUUGUGCUUUCAAACGAUAUAAAUACGAAUAAUCUAAGUACCCAAUAUAUUACUGUUAUUGGUGGAUAUAACAACGAAUACUCUUGGAUUAGGAAUUCAACCGGUGCUACCGUAGGCUUGGACAGUCAUUUGAAGAACACCGUAUCCGCCAUCUGGGCUACUCCCAUAAUUGUUCGACAGAGAUUCAGUGGUGAGCUUGAGGUUGUGAUCCCUGACGUAGCAGAUCCACUAUUGAAAGCUGACGCACGGGAUUUAAACGUCAAAUCGCUCUGCUUAUAUGCAUGGAAAACCGAAAGUCGCUGGUUUUAUAAUUGCGAUGAAGAAGAAGAUUCAACUUUAGACACCGAUGAAACCGAGAGCGAUUCCGAGAUGUAAUGUCGAAACAUGCCUGUAAAGGGGCUGCUUAUGCGAAAAAUAAAUAUGGAUGUGGAACUAUUUUUACUUCCACUCUGAAUAUACAGAAUUAA